AUGGCAAAACAAAAUGCAACCACUAAAUCGAAAAGAAACAGGAAUUUAUUGUCUAUAGCAGACAUUCAAGAUGAAGAGGAUAUACAGGAUCGAAUUGAGCAGAGAAAACACAAGCGACUUGAGGUUGACAAUAAACCCAUUAGUUUAAAUGAAAAAGUGAACUCCAUGAACAUCAAGUUUUUGAGUAAAGGAAAGCGUAAGAAGGAGAGAGAUGUUGAGGUAGAUGACUCCAAGAGUGUUAUUUGUGAUAUGAUACUAGAUAAUUUUGACAAAUUGAAGCUAUAUGAGAAUUUAAAUACCGAUUCUGGAAACUUGUUAACUAAGUUCAGGCUUUAUAUUUAUGCAAUUAAGUAUAACCAGGAAAAGUAUCAGCCUUUGACAAUAGAAGAACGAAAGCUCUUCAUAAAAGUUUUCGAUAAACUUUCCCAAGUAAAAGAGUUUGACUACAAUCAUGAAAGUAAAUUUGUUAAAGGGGGAGAAAAUAUAAUUAGAUCAGAAACUAGUGAGUAUAAACGUAGAAUUGAACCUAUAAAGAUUCCCAAGAGAAUCAUGAAAUUACUAGGUGAAUAA